GCGGCCAGGCCACCGGCCAGCCUCUCUGCUCUCUGCCCCCCCUCUCUUCUCUUUCCUUUCUUUAAACUACAUUUUCCUUUAGACGGUUCCGUUAACACCCGGUUCCCCGUUAACCUCCCCCCAGGCAGCAGCGGGGGAAGCGUCCACCGGGCCGGACAACCGCAGGAUUACCGAGCUUUUGCCGUGAUUCACCGGCCUGCCCGCAGCGGGCCGCAACUUUGUUUCAUUUUGUAACUUUUUUUCUCCGCCGGUUACAUUUACCGGACGGUGACGUCACCCCCCGAAAAGUUGUGGAGCAGCAGCCACCGCCGUUACACACGAGGAAACCGCCGUUAGUGCGUGUUUUAACUUUUCCUUAACGUGUGUGUGUGUGUGUGUGUGCGCGUGUGUGAGACAGCAGCGCCCCCACCCAAAUCUGUGUGUCCCGGUACCGACAGGCCCCUCACCGGAGCACCGGCCUCUCUGCCCGGUGGUUGUUUGUCUGUUUGUUUGUUCUGAUGGGCAGCGUGUGAACGGACCAGCGCGUGGACUUCACGAGACUCACGGGUUUCCUCUGGUCAGGUAAAGGUUGAGAGAUGGCGGGCGCGUCGGUGAAGGUAGCGGUGCGAGUUCGCCCGUUCAACACCCGAGAGACGGGACGCAACGCCAAGUGUGUGAUCCAGAUGCAGGGAAACACAACCUGUAUCUCCAACCCCAAACAGCCCAAAGAUGGAGCCAAGAACUUCACAUUCGAUUAUUCCUACUGGUCACACACAACGCCUGAGGACUCCAGCUUUGCGUGUCAGAGGCAGGUGUAUAAAGACAUCGGAGAGGAGAUGCUGCUGCACGCGUUCGAAGGAUACAACGUGUGCAUCUUUGCGUACGGUCAGACGGGGGCAGGAAAGAGCUACACGAUGAUGGGCAAACAGGAGCCUGGACAGGAAGGGAUCAUACCACAGCUGUGCGAGGACUUGUUUCAGAGAACAGGAGAAAACAAUGAUCCUGACCUCACCUACUCUGUGGAGGUGUCCUACAUGGAGAUCUACUGCGAGCGGGUUCGGGAUCUGUUGAACCCGAGUGCACACGGGACUCUGCGGGUUCGGGAGCAUCCCAUCCUGGGGCCAUAUGUGGAGGAUCUGUCCAAACUGGCUGUGACCGGAUUCUCUGACAUCCGGGACCUGAUGGACGCCGGCAACAAAGCUCGGACGGUUGCUGCCACAAACAUGAAUGAAACAUCAUCCAGGUCGCACGCCGUCUUCACUAUCGUCUUCACCCAAAAACGACGAGACCAGAUGACGAGUCUGGACACUGAAAAGGUCAGUAAGAUCAGUCUGGUGGAUCUGGCUGGAAGCGAGCGAGCCGACUCCUCCGGGGCGAAAGGCACCCGUCUAAAGGAAGGAGCGAACAUCAACAAAUCUCUGACCACACUGGGGAAGGUUAUAUCAGCUCUGGCAGAGAUGCAGAGCAGCAAGAAGAGGAAAAGUGAUUUCAUUCCUUACAGAGACUCAGUUCUGACGUGGCUACUGAAGGAGAACCUGGGAGGAAACUCUCGAACAGCCAUGAUUGCUGCUCUCAGUCCUGCUGACAUCAACUAUGAAGAAACACUGAGCACUCUAAGGUAUGCUGACCGUGCCAAACAGAUCCGUUGUAACGCUGUGAUCAAUGAAGAUCCAAACGCCAAACUGAUCAGAGAGCUGAAAGGAGAAGUGGAACGACUGAGAAACCUGCUGUUCUCACAGGGCCUGCAGGAGCUGCUGGACAACGCCAUGAACACCAACGGGACCGUCGGUGCUGUUGCAGGUGUGUCGUCUCCACUGGCAAUCACAGCCAAUGGCGACUCAUCUGAGAAUGGCUCCGCCUCUCCAGGUGAUCAUCUAGGAGCUGAUCUGCCGUCUGCAGACGACACAUCUGCUGACUCAAAUCACACAUUGGAGGAUGGAGAGGAAGGAGAGGAAGGAGAGGAGGGCGUCGCCACGGAGCCCAUCAGUAAAGAGGAAGCAGCUGAGAGACUGAUGGAGACGGAAAAGAUCAUCGCUGAACUAAACGAGACUUGGGAAGAAAAACUAAGAAAGACAGAAUCUAUUCGUCUGGAGAGAGAGGCCCUGCUGGCAGAGAUGGGCGUGUCCAUUAAAGAAGAUGGAGGAACGCUGGGUGUCUUUUCUCCCAAAGGAACGCCUCACCUGGUCAACCUGAAUGAGGACCCUCUGAUGUCAGAGUGUCUCCUCUAUUACAUCAAGGAGGGAUUCACCAGGGUUGGACAGCAGGAUGUGGACAUUAAGCUGUCCGGUCACUUCAUAAAAGAGAUUCACUGUGUGUUCGUCAGUGAGACCAAUGACCAGGGAGAGGUGAUCGUCACUCUGGAGCCGUUGGUCGGAGCUGAAACGUACGUCAACGGGAAACAGAUCGAUGAGGCCGUCAUCCUAAGACAAGGUCACCGUAUCGUGAUGGGAAAGAACCACGUAUUCAGGUUCAACCACCCGGAGCAGGCUCGGCUGGAGAGGGAGCGCAGCGUGACGGCAGAGCAGCUGGGGGAGCCGGAGGACUGGAACUAUGCUCAGAGAGAGCUGCUGGAGAAACAAGGCAUCGACAUCAAACUGGAGAUGGAGAAAAGACUGCAGGACAUGGAGAUUCAGUACCGUAAAGAGAAGGAGGAGGCAGAUCUGCUGCUGGAGCAACACAGACUGUAUGCAGACAGUGACAGCGGCGAUGAUUCAGAUAAACGUUCCUGUGAGGAGAGCUGGAGGCUGAUCUCAUCUCUGAGAGAGAAACUACCUGCCAACAAGGUGCAGUCUAUAGUGAAGCGCUGUGGUCUGCCCAGCAGUGGGAAGAGGAGGGAGCCUCUGAGAGUCUAUCAGAUCCCUCAGAGGAGGAGGAUCAGCAAAGAUCCUAAACGGGUCACCAUGGAGGAUCUCCGCAUGCAGGCGGUCAAAGAGAUCUGCUACGAGGUCGCUCUGGGAGACUUCCGUCACUCCCGUCAGGAGAUUGAAGCGCUGUCCAUCGUCAAGAUGAAGGAACUCUGCCGCAUGUACGCCAAGAAAGACGUGAACGAGAAGGACAGCUGGAAGGCUGUGGCCCAGGACGUCUGCGACACCGUGGGCAUCGGAGAGGAGAGGAGCCCCCCUGCUGAGGAGGGAGGAGGAGAGGCGGUGGAGGGAGGGGGACAGAAAGUAAAGGUGUAUGACCUGAAGGCUCACAUCGACAAACUGACGGAUAUUUUGCAGGAGGUGAAGCUGCAGAAUAACAUGAAGGACGAAGAGAUCAAAGCUCUGCGAGACAGAAUGAUCAAGAUGGAGAGCAUCAUACCUGUUCAGGACGACGACAUGAAUGGUGAUGACGGAGGGGACGGGACUCCUGAGAAUGAUGGGGACGAAGCCGGUGACGGCAGUGUCCCCAAAGUACCGGAGGUCAGAGUUCAGCGGCUGAUGGAUGAAGACCCGGCGUUCAGGAGAGGACGCCUCCGCUGGCUGAAACAGGAACAGCAACGAAUCCUGAACCUGCAGCAGCAGAACAUCACCAAGAAGCUCCGAGGACUGAACCAGAACCAGGCUGCAGGUCAGACGGCCCCCAUUGUUCCUGUUCAUCUUCCUGGGACCGGCCGCUUCAUCCCUCCCCAGGAGUGCAAGCUCAAGUUCCCCUUCAAGAGUAACCCCGCCCACCGGUUGUCAUGGGGACCAGCCAGCGCUGCCCUGCAGGCUCUGGGUCUUGGAGGAAUGGAGGGGGGGGAAUGGAAGGAGGAUGGGGGAGACAGAGGAGUGGAGGGUAAAAGCUCUCCUUCACCACCACCUCCUCCUCUUCAGGGUCAUCCUCCUGCUCUCUUGCCCUUCCCCUUCCAGCCUCCGCCUCCUCGCAUGCGCACCCCCAGCCCUCAUCGCGCCUGGCAACAGCGUAACCAGGGCAACCAAGGCGGCUACCACUACCAGCAUCCGGGCGGCAACCAAAACCAACAGCGGCGCUACCGCCGCAACUCUCUGGACAGUUCCCCCCACAACAACAGUAACUACGACAACGACCAGCAACAUGGCGGUGGUCACCAGGGGCGACCGAGACAGAGGAGGAGGAUGUCGCCCGGGCCAGGGGAGGAGAGAGGAGGAGGAGGAGGAAGAGGUGGAGGUGGGGGAGGAGGAGGGAGGGACAGAGAGAGAGACAGAGAUGGAAGCUUCCACUAUAAUCAACGUCAGCCCCAUCAGUUCCACCACCAUCCCUACUUCAACCCCCACAAUGCACCAUUCCAGCCAGGACCUUACCCCAACUACCACAGCCUGCCGCGCUCUGGGGGCCCGCCCCCUCCCGCCGACAUGAUGAUGGGUGUGGGGCCGCCGCAGGGUGGGUGGGGCUUCACCACCCCACCACGGAUGAGACGGCAGUUCAGCGCGCCAGACCUCAAAAACAACAAGGAAACCCCGAUCUGACCUUUGACCUCUGAAACCCUGGACUGUGACCUCGGGCCUCAGUCACACAGAGUUCUGAUUGGCUGGAGGACACAGGGCGGUCCCAGAUGCUGUAGAGAAUAGGCUGUGUGUGUGUGUGUGUGUGUGUUUCAGCACUUUUGCUUCAUGCACAACCAGAAGAGUGACACACACCUGUAUCCCCAGUCCUGCUGUGUGUGUGUGUGUGUGUUUGUGUGUCGGCUUGCUCAUAGCCUUUUACGUUAGCUUGAAUUAGCUGUUGUGUAACCAUAGCAACACUGUUUUAGGAAACUGUCAAACAGGAUGGAAGAUUAUUGAUCUGGUUCUGAUCAGUUGUUAGCUCCUGAGGCUAGCCGCUGUUAGCAGAAUGAAUUUUUGUGAUUGUUUUUUUUUUAUUCAAAGGUGAAGUACGCGGGUUUGAUGGGUGUUUGUAUGUAAAUGGAUUUUUAGCUGCUGUUAGCCCAGGAAGCUAACUAGCCUGCUUCAGCAUAAGAGGUCUGUGUUAGCUCAGGCUACUUAGCUCAGCAGUGCUACAGAACAGGGGAAGUAUUAGCCUAGCUUAGCAUAGCCUAAUGAAGGCAGCAUUCACGUUGUAUGGGAGAGACAGUUCGUAAAAAAUGUAUCCCUCAAAAUGUAUAUAUUUAUUUUAAUGAGACUGUUAGCAGCUUAAAAACUUAUGACUUAUUCUUCACCAGCAGGGGGCACUAAAGCAUUACUAAAAACCUCCUUCAGCAAAUAUGUCUGUUUAAGAAUAUUAAUUAUGAUGGGAAAACACACAUUUUUCAAAUCUUUAACUAAUUUAAUAAGAAAUUAAAUGAUUAACAGAGAUUUAUGGAUUAAAGUUCACAGCUCAUAUUGUACAACUACAACGAGGAGUCUGAUUAGGCAGCUAGUUUUUAAAAAUCAUAACUGUUUUAGUAGUUUGUCUACAGUAUAAAUGUCAAAUAUUUGUGUGUCAUACGAUGUCAGUCGACAAAAUGAUGUCAGUUUCCAACCAUUAUUUGACAUUUUAUAGUUAUCAAUCAAUGAUGAAACCCCCCUGAAAGUCUGUUGGGAGCGUUGUUGUCGUAGUAACCGUCUUUCCCAUACCACUUGAAUGCUGCGUUGCUGAAACCAAAGAAAGCUGCUCUGCAGCGCCUCCUGCUGGAGAGCAGAGAGCUGACAGACACACUGCUGGACAGACAGACAGGAAGUGAAGAGUAGGAAGAAGAAGACGAGACGGUUGACGUGCUUUACUUGAGAUGGUCGAGCAUGUGGAACUGAGUUUCAUCUUUUUAAAGCGUUGUGUGUAUAUUUGAAGUGUUUUUUGUCUUGAUGUUUAUAUGAAGAUGAAUCUAUUUUAAAAAAGCAGAUGUAUGAAAUAUGUUCAACGUCUCUGGCAAUCGUGCGAAAUGUAGUAAGUGAUACAUGAUGCGAUGUCUCAUGGGAGAUGUAGGAAUACUGACAAAGACUAUUUUAAACCAACGGGAGAUGUACAAAUGCUGAAAUGUGAUGGAUUGUGGAAUAUGUAGGGCUUUAAGUGAGCAAGGAACUCUGGGAAAUGUAGUGUGAGAGGGAGUCAGGUUCUGGAUGAGAGAUGGCAAAGAAGAUGAAUGCGUUAGAGAGAAAUCUGAGAUAUGAUAAGCUUAGUUAUUGAAGUAGUAACGGACACUACAAAUGAAAGGUUUAAAUUUCCUCCAGUGAGGAUCUGACACUACGACACAAACGUCCACAAAUGUUGUGACAAGAAGGAACAAAUCGAGAUAUUUAGGGGUUGAUGCUGCUUUCUAGAGAUGCCGGAAGUUGGAAAUUGUGCCUUUUAAAAAAACAUUUUUUUACCAGAAAUAAUAAAGUGAACAUUUUCCAUCACUUUAAAUUCUUCUCACUCAGACAAAAAAAACAGUAAAGAGAAAUAUUGUUUGUCUUGUUGCUAGCUUUACGCUGCUAGUAAGUUCCGCCGCCAUCGUCCUAAAGGUUUAUUUGAGAAAGUUUGAAGCUCAAAUUGAAACCUUUCCAAUUUGCAUGGACACAACAAAAGCUGCGACAAUUAGUCCAUUAAUAAUCUGAAAGGAAAUUAAUCUGAAAUGAAUCGUUUAUCAAGCAACUAUGUUGAAAUCUUGACAGUUGUUGCUUCUGAAACUGAAUUGGCUGCUUUUCCUUUUCUUAUAGUGAUAUAUGUACGUAAUAUCGUUGGGAUUUGUGAAGUUAAACGUGACGUCACAUUCACAUAUAAGAAGCUGGAAUCUGAGAAUUUGGACAUUUUCUUCUUUAAAAAAAGUCCCGAAAUCAUGAACCAGUUAUCACGAUAGUUUCCAUUUAUUGGGCUGAUGCUGCUCUUCACCUCAGUCUGUGACGUCUUUCUGCAUCAAAGCUUCGAACUGUCUGAACAUCUUCUGAGAUCCUUAUGUGCAAAACAGAAAGUUGGGAUGAAAACUGACCUGCCACAAGUUUCCAAAUUCCUGCGUCGACCUGAACGCAGCAUCAGAUUUUAACAUCUGAAACCCCGCCUGCACAGAGCAAAGCAUUGUGGGAGAUGACGAGUGGAGCGUUAGCGCUCCGUGACUGAAAGACCUUUUCUUAAAAGGUAGAACCAACCAAUGGGAGCGCUCCCUCCGGCCGCUCGCCCGGUCAGGGAGGGAGUUACCAUGACGAUGAUGACAAAAACAAGGAAAAUGAUUGUGAUUGGCCCGAGAGGCUCUCGACCAAUCACAGGACAAUCUUGAUAACCUGCUGCCACCGCCAGGCCUGAUGGGAAAUGAUGUUUCCUUUCUGUUUUUAAUUUUUCUGACUUUUUUUUAUUUUAUUUUUGUAUUUCCAGCUUGGCCCUCUGAUAGGCUGUUUUUUUUCCUUUUCUUCCUGUUUGAGUAUUUUAACCCCGCCUACAUGUUUGACCUUUGCUUUGUGACGUCAUCACGCCAUCAUCACUACUAUUAUAAUUACUAUAAAAGUUAUACGUGUCAUUAAUAUUGGGUUCUUUUGGAUGCUGCUAAAGGGAACUUUUUCACCCUCAUGCAACCGCCUGAGCGUGUGUGAAUGUGUGUGCGAGCGAGCAUAUGCGUUUGUUUUUGGGUUAAUUUAGAAUCAUAAUCUGAACUUUGUUUCACUUUAUAAAACUGAUUUUAUUGUUUUUUUUCUUUUAAUCGUCUGUUUAGUUUCGUCCCUUUAAAUUCUUGAACCCUCCUCACAGACUGGCCCCGCCCCCUUCCCCCCCAGAAUCUGUGACAUCAUCACAGCAUGAAGUCAGGACUGUUGAGCUGAGGCGGACGUGAUGACAUCAUGAUUCAGCCCAGCUCCUAUUGGCUCAGUAGUAGUUGUGUCUGUUGUUUUUCGUUGUAUCAGGAACCAAUCUCAGGCUGUACCUGCAAUAAACUGUCAGUAAGAAUAAAAACUAAA